UGUGUAUGGCAGGUGGAGGGCGCUGUGUUUUCUGUAACCGGAUCUGGUCCUGACACAAACACACACUUCAGUACCACGAGCUGUAGCUGAAGCCAUUCGGGUUCUUCAUUAAGGCGAUCUGGCGGAAGCGGAUUACCGGAUUUAAACCCGUCUAAUCCACCUGUUAAUAAAUCAGUUCCGGUUCCGUUGGUGUUGGGCCGUGCGCCAUGGCCGCGCUGUUCGAGUGCAGGGUUCAGUUUUUGGACGACACCGACCCGUUUAACAGCACCAACUUCCCGGAGCCCGCGCGCCCGCCGCGGUUCGCCUUCCGCCGGGACGCAGCGCUCGGAGACCAGCUGCCCGCCGUGCACGCGCUCCUGUCCGCGCCGCACAAGUUAGAUGACUGUGCUCUUCAGCUCUCCCAUAAUGGCACAUAUUUGGAUUUGGAAUUGUCUCUUGAUGAGCAGAUUGAUGAACUGGAGGGUUUUGAGCAGUUCGACUGUGGAAUAAAGGGAAGGAAACACAGUCUUAUCCUGAGGACUCAGCUGAGUGUCCGUGUUCACGCCUGUAUUGAAAAGCUGUAUAACUGUAAUGGCAGAGAUCUCAGAAGAGCUUUAUUCUCUCUCAAACAGAUAUUUCAGGAUGAUAAGGACCUGGUCCAUGCAUUUGUGACAGCAGGAGGACUCACAUGUCUGAUUAAAGUUGGAGCAGAAGCAGAUCAGAACCAUCAGAACUACAUCCUGCGAGCUUUAGGUCAGAUCAUGCUCUAUGUGGAUGGCAUGAAUGGGGUCAUAGGUCAUCAGGAGACUAUCCAGUGGCUUUACACUCUGAUUGGAUCAAGGUUCCGGCUGGUUGUAAAGACAGCACUGAAGCUCCUGCUGGUCUUUGUGGAAUAUUCAGAGUCCAACGCAAAGCUGCUCAUUCAAGCCAUCAAUUGUGUUGAUGCAAUGAGAGGAAGGAAACAGUGGUCCAACGCCAUGGAGAUAUUAAAUGAGAAAGACGGAGUAGACACAGAGCUGCUAGUGUACACCAUGUCCCUCAUUAACAAGACUCUGGCAGCUUUGCCUGAUCAGGAUUCCUUCUAUGACCUGGUGGAUGUUCUAGAGGAGCAGGACAUUAAACACAUGACCUCACGCUACAGCACACACAGGAGCACUGACCCUGAACUCCGGGAGCAGAUCAGAAUAUAUGAGGUAACACUACAGCUUGAGGAUGGUGAUGAUGAUGGUCAGGCCCCGCCCAAAGGUUUCUAUGGAAACCUCGGGUCCACCGCCAGCAGGGCUAAGGGUCAGGGAUUAGAGAGGCGCCGCAGUCGAAGGCACUCAUUGGGCAAGACGGGCCACGGCUCCCCUUUAAACCCCGCCUCCUUACAUGGGAAGAACAGGAGUGAGGAGACUGACCAGUCGGUUCGUCCUGCUACAGACGUGAAGUGUGUGGAAGUGUCUGAGGGCUACGUCAGGACACCAUCUUUGCUAGAAACUUUACUAGCCGAGCGCAAGUCCUCGGUCACAGUUCAACCCUGCUCAGAGAUGACUCCGCCCUUUCAUGGCUCCACCCACACACAGAGGCUCCUCCCAUACAUCCCUCACUCUCCAUUUCAUCUCUUUUCCUAUGACAUCGAGGAGGAGGUGGAGCUAAAACAGAGGAAGAGUGAAAGGCAGGUGCGAUUAUGUCCCACACCGCAGAAUGACAGACCUCCUCUUCUUCUGUCCUCCUCCUAUCGGCAGCAUCAGGAAUCCCUGGCAGCAGAGAGAGAGAGGAGGAGGAUUGAAAGGGAGGAGAGACUCCAGCGGAUAGAGAGAGAGGAGAGGAAUCGCCACAGUCGGGAUUACGCUGUGAACAUGGAAGAGGCUCGAUUAGCUCGAGAGGAGAGAUUUAAAACUGCAGAAAGGCUAGCAGCAGAGGAACAUGAGCGAAAACAGAUGUACUCAACACCUCAUGACCUCUCAGACUUCUGUCAGGAUGACACACCUGCUUCGGUCAUAUCUCAGGAGCCUCUGGAGAUAUCCUCCACACCACAUCUGCCAGACAACGAGUUCGUAUCAGAUGAGUCUCUCACCAUCUCAGAACCUGAACAAAACAAACCGGAAGGGGAACAAGAGGAGAUUAGUGUUGAUGAGGUAAUGGAAGAGGCAGCAGCAGAGGUAGAGGAGUCUGUAGAGGAAGAGGACAGGACUGACACAGAAGUGGAAGAAACCAAUAUUCAGGAUGCAGAAGUGGAAGACAGUGGAAUCUUGAGCGAUAAAGAACGACAGAAUGAAGAAGUGAACGAGAAGGAUAAUUGCUCAGCAUCUAGUAUCUCAUCAUCUAGCAGCACUCUUGAGAGAGAGACAGGUCUUACCAGUGAGCAAUGUAGAGACAUCCUAAACAGCAAAUUCUUUAUGAUAGACAUGCUCUACUCACAGAGCAUGAAACCUGGUGAGGAAGAGGAGGAGGCAGACCUUGAAAAGGAAGCUGGUACAGAAGAAAAUGACAGUGUGGAGUCCCUUGUGGUGGGCAGGUCUAAUGUAAGUGAGGAAAACAGCAGUGAGAAGAAGCUCGAGUGUGGAACAGUACGAGCUUUUGCUGAACGCUUUGGAGACGUUGUCAAAGGCCUGAGCUCUCCACCAGUUGAGUUGCAGGAAGAAAAGAAGCCCCUCCUCCCUCUAGCACCACUUCAAACGCCCAAAAGAGAAUCUGACCAAAUGUGGGAGAAUCUAAUGACAGAGCCUCAUGAGCUACGCAUCAGAGACAUUGACUUUACAGAUUUGGUUGAUGAUGAUGAUCAGGACAUCCUUUAUUCAGGAGAUAUAAUUGGGUCAGAAGGUCUGGCUCCACCCCCUCCUCCCCCUCCUCCAUGUCCCUUCAACAUGACCCCUCCCCCACCGCCCCCUGCCCCUGGAGCAUGGCCAGCCCCACCUCCACCCCCUCAGCCAGAAGUCCCUCUCUUCCAGAAGAAGAAGAAGACAAUCCGUCUGUUCUGGAGUGAGGUGAGGCCGGAUGAGUGGAGGUUUCUGGGUCUAAGACGUGGACACUUGUCUUUAUGGUCAAAACUGGAAGCAGUCAAACUGGACAUAAGUAAACUGGAGAACUUGUUUGAGAGCAAAUCCAAAGAAUUGAAUGUAACUAAGAAAACAGCGGUGGAGGGUAAAAGGCAAGAGAUAAUUGUCCUGGAUUCCAAACGCAGUAAUGCUAUUAACAUCGGGCUCACUGUGCUCCCUCCACCACGAACCAUCAAAUCUGCAAUACUCAAUUUUGACGAAUAUGCACUCAACAAGGAGGGCAUUGAGAAGCUACUGAUGAUGGUUCCAACUGAAGAGGAGAAGCAGAGAAUUCAGGAAGCACAAAUGAUGAGUCCUGAUGUUCCUCUGGGCAGUGCCGAGUCCUUCCUUUUAACUCUUUCUUCCAUCAGUGAACUCUGUGCUCGCCUCCACCUCUGGGCCUUCAAAAUGGACUAUGAAACGAUUGAGAAGGAAGUGGCAGAACCUUUACAGGACCUGAAGGAGGGCAUGGAGCAGCUGGAGAAAAAUAAAACAUUCCGCUUUAUACUCUCGGCCGUGCUUGGUAUUGGCAACUUCCUCAAUGGAUCUAGUGCUAAAGGUUUUGAGCUGAGUUACCUGGAGAAGGUUCCAGAAGUGAAGGACACACUUCAUAAACAAUCUCUGCUUCACCAUGUCUGUUCUGCAGUAGUGGAAAACUUCACAGAUAGCACAGACCUAUACUCAGAAAUCGGUGCAAUUACACGCUCUGCUAAGGUAGACUUUGACUUGCUGCAAGAGAAUCUGGCACAAUUAGAACACCGUUGUAAAGCAUCUUGGGAAAAUUUAAAGCUGAUUGCCAAACAUGAGAUGAAACCAGCACUCAAGCAGAAGUUGACUGACUUCCUGCAGGAUUGUGCAAAGAGGAUUAUCAUAUUGAAAACUGUACAUCGUCGCAUUACCAACCGGUUCCAUGUCUUCUUGCUAUUUCUGGGACAUCCAGUAUCUGGAAUUCGUGACAUCAGCAUUAAUCGGUUCUGCAAAAUUGUUAGUGAAUUUGCACUGGAGUACCGAACUACACGAGAGAGAAUACUCCAGCAGAAACAGAAACGAGCCGACCAUCGUGAAAGGAACAGAACUCGUGGCAAGAUGAUCAUGGAUAUCCAUGCUACAACUGAUGAUGAAGAAGAGAAUGGGGUGAAUAAGAGAGUCGGUAGCAGCUGCAGUAGUAAUGUCCCUACUUUAAGAAAAAAUGAAGUGCAGGGACUGAACCAUGAGGAAGAUGCAGCAGAGCAUGAAAGUAUGACAGCAAUAAUAAAGAGAAGCCAGCAGGGUAGCAGGACUGAGAUGUGUGGAGUACCAGGACUACGCACAAGGACAAGAACAAGACCCAGUAGAAGUCGUACUGCAUUAGUAGCAGCAAAUGAAGAUGGCAUGACUGAUGAUCCAGCUGAUGAGAUCAUGGAACGAAUAGUCCGAUCAGCUACACAAAAUUCACAAGAUCGUACCCAACUGCGUGAACGGAGACGCUCGCGUGCAAACCGUAAAUCAGUGCGAAGGACAUUAAAGAGUGAUUUAACCCCAGAGGAGGCACAAGCCCUGGGUUUGGAAGACUUUGUGAUGCAGGCGUGAAAAUGUCACCUAUCUUUACACAAAUAUGUACAAUAAACUUUAGUGUUGUUACCAUUUAAAAAUGGGGGAUUCUCUAAGGGUUUGUAUUUCUUGGUUUUGUGACUUUUAUUGUAAUACAUUUUUUAGGGUUGCACUGUACCAGGAGCCAUUUUCAGUUUAACAGGAUUGUGUAGUUUCCUGUAGUAUGGAUGUAAAAUGGUUAUACCUGCACCAGUAUGUUUUUCAGGGUGUAUUAGGUUUAGCACACAAGAUGUGUGAGGUUUUUUUUUUUAUUUCUAAACACUUUGUUUAUUUUUAGUACCAUUGUAGAGUUUUCUGCUCCUGACAUUUGAUUGUACUUCUUCUUUAGUGAUGGAUUCAUCCUGGUCCUGAUAUUUGCAUCUCUGUUUCUUGAAAAUCUUGAUAAAAUCUAAUUAACAAAUUAUAAUCGCAGUGUUCCUUCAAUAAUAAAGCUUUGAAUAAUAUA